AUGUCUCCCCGCUUUGCGCCAAGGAGCCUGCUGAGAGCUUCGACUCAGCUCACUGCUCCCCCCGCCCGGCCGUGGUCACGUUCCUUUGUGAGCACUCCUCGGCUGCAGAAGACUGCCAUAGUCACUGGCUCCGCAAGAGGCAUCGGCAAAGCCAUCGCUAUCCGUCUUGCUGAAGACGGUUACGACGUCACCGUCAAUGAUAUAGCACACAACAAGGCUCAGGCCGAGGAAGUUGUGUCACACAUCAGGAGCUUGGGACGCAAGUCUGCCCUCGUCAUCGGCGACGUUUCCAAACGUGCAGAUGUCAGGAACAUAGUCAAAACUUCAGUGCAAGAGCUUGGGCCAUUGGACACCAUGGUAGCCAACGCCGGCAUUGCUCAAGUCAAGCCGCUGCUCAAGCUGACUGAUGAAGACUUCCGUCGAAUGUUCGAGGUCAACGUCUACGGAGUCUUUCACUGCUACACCGAGGCAGCCAAGCAGAUGAUUGAGCAGGGCGGGGGCGGAAAGCUAAUUGGCUGUGCAAGCAUCGUCGCUUUCAAACCCUUUGCCAUGCUAUCACACUACUCAGCCUCGAAAUGGGCUGUCCGUGGCCUGACCCAGGUUAUGGCCAUGGAAAUGGCAACUCAUAAGAUCACCGUGAAUGCCUACGCGCCCGGAAUCGUCGGUACCGCCAUGUGGGACUUGAUAGAUGAGGAGCUGGGCAAGACAACUGGCGCUAAGAAGGGCGAUACCAUUAAGAAGUACACGAAGGAACUGAUUGCUCUUGGCAGGACAAGUGUCCCGGAAGAUGUCAGCAAAGUUGUCAGUUUCCUAGCUGGGCCAGACAGCGAAUACGUGACCGGACAAACCAUGGUCGUUGACGGUGGUAUAAUCUACACUUAG